GGUCUAGAUUGCGGAUAUAGUUAACUGGUUAACUAUUGGUACAUGUAGCAGUCAAUGUAGCUAGAUCCAUUAACUAGCUAGAUCUGGACUACCUUGCAAGAAUGGGAAAAUCAAAGAGUAGAUCUAUCUACUUGUAUCAACUAUGGAUCUUAUGUUGGGCUUGUUCUGGUUGCCUCUCGUGUGCUCCUCCAUCACCAACCUCAUUGUCUGAAGACUCUGCAGCCACUCUCUCACUACCCAGCGAUGGCUUCCAAGCUCUUCUCCCCAACUAUCCCUUCACUUGUUCUGGCCUGCUCAGAGAGCUACUUGUGCAGGCUAAUGGUGACUCAGAGUUUGAACUGCAGAUAUGGCGACCAGAGAGUGCAAGUGAAACGUUCAACCUUCUAUGGACAGCAAGAUAUCGUCCUGAUUAUGUUGACACUGAUGAAUUUCGCUGCAUCGGGAAAAAUACACUGCAAUGGACAAGUAGAGUUGGAAUUCCAAUCCAACCAGGAGAUGUGUUUGGAUUGCAUAUAUCGAGAAGCAACAGUUCCAUGCAAAUACCACACUCCAGUGAAUCAUCACAGAAGCUUUACUAUGUGAGCAGUGAAGAACCAUUGUGCAACUUUGCCCUGUGUGAUGAAAGAGUGCAGAUGCUCAACAACGUUUCCCUCUUCAUCACCACCACUGUGUUUGAAAAGACGUUAAAUUUCAGUUUGGCUGAAGAGCAGCUCUCAAAGAUGAAAGCAUUUUGCCACAAAGCCAAUUUCAGUAACUGCCCAAGGAUCCAAAGAACAAAGCGCAGUGGAAUGACUGGCCAACCACUAUUGCCAAUCUCACCGUCUCUUCCCUGCACAACCCCCACCCCCACGCCCACACCUCCACCAACCACACACUCCACACAGACUAACACUACCAGUGGCCCACCAAACCCACCACCACCACCUGGAUAUGUGAUAAAGAUCUCGCCCGAGGCUAUUGCGUUUAUAAUUGUUGGAGUACUGUUAUUAGUGAUCCUGGUAGUGCUCGUGUUUGUGCUUGUCUUCUGUCUGCGCACAAAGGGAGUCAAAGUGGAACAAUCUGCAAGUCUGGUAUCCAACUCACCACCAAGAGUGCCGGAACUGUCAGCCUCAGUAGACAGCAGGACAACACGCAAUGUCACUGCUUCUAUCUCAGCAGCUGAACGCAGCACAGAGGUUGUCUCAAAAAGACACCCUCAUCAGAGAAAUGCAAACCAUCACUACAUAAAUGGAGAGAUAUCGCACAGAGGCAUCUUCAGCUCCUUCUUCCCGCUAUACGAGAAUACAAGCAGUUCCCCACUCACUCAGAGCACAAGCAGCCACGAGCACUUAAGAAAUGAGCGUGUCUUCUCAACUAGUGCUCUACAAAAUAAUCGCUUGUCUCCACCAAACUGUAAGCCCCCCCACAGAGCUAGAAGUGUUGGACCCUCGACAAAACUUUGUACGGGUAUUCAAGCCCCCCCUGUUCCCCCGAGGGGUCAGUCGAGAUCACGAGGGGGCGCCUCUAACGAGACACAUCGCUACUCGGUACUAGAAGCAUCAACUGAUUCCACUCCCCUUCAGGACCGACGCAGAGCACAAUCAUGUGGGGGGUGGGUGAGAACUCGUGUGAACAAGAGGGAGGAGACCUCCCACGAUUAUGCAGAGCCUGACAGUCCAACUGAUACAAAAGAAGAAUUUGUGCAAUCAUUGAAGUAUGACAAGCUGCUCCCUCAUGAAGGAAGUCCUCAGUUUGAUCUGAGUGGGUCUCUAGUGCCUGGGCCGAGGGAGAGGUGGAGCAGGGCACUUAGUGACGACCAUUCGUACUCUGACCCUGAUGGCCUCUGGAGUAGCAUGGAGUUGAGCUGCAACUACACCUAUGUACCAACAGAGGAUCAACGGAGAAUGGCUAACUCAUGCCACUAUGAAAUGCAGGAUGAUUUCCAACAAGACUCUGAGAUGAUGUACGAUCGUCUGAGGUUCUUUGAGGAGAGGGAGACCUAUUGGGCUCCAGCCACCACCGAGUCAGGCCUCUAUACACAACUCUCUGAGAACAAGUACAGAGAGCUGCCACGCUCUGAGAUAAGAGUGACCAGGCAGAUUGGUUCGGGUCACUUUGGCACAGUGAGCAUCGGACUAUGGGAGAGUGAGGUAAACCCUCAGCCAGUGGAGGUGGCCAUUAAGGCAGUGAAGGCUUGUUCUGACUUAGAGAGGAUCAAGCUGCUCCAGGAGGCAGCCAUCAUGGGACAGUUUGCUCAUUGCAAUGUGGUGCGACUGCUGGGGGUCGUCACUGUGGGGGAGCCAGCACUAGUGAUACUGGAGUACAUGGUCAAAGGCGACCUGAGGAGCUUCUUACAGAAACUGCAUCCAAAAGUGAGCAAGAGAGAGCUGCCUGAAGUGGUGCCACAAUUGUUCAUCAAGUUCUCUAAGGACAUUGCUAAUGGAAUGGGCUACUUAUCAAAGAAGAAUUUUGUUCACAGAGAUCUUGCUGCACGCAACAUUCUGCUCAACAAUGACCUGACAUGCAAGAUUGGAGACUUUGGAAUGGCCAGAGAUGUUGAGAAUGAUUACUACAAAUCUCAUGGUGGAAUCAUACCUGUCAAGUGGACAGCUCCAGAGGCAUUGAACUACAACAAGUUUUCCUCGUCCAGUGAUGUGUGGAGUUAUGGGAUGGUAUUGUUUGAGAUAUGGUCAAUUGGAGAGAAACCUUUCAACGAACUCACCAACCCUAUUGUGAUAGCUCUUGUGAGCAGCAAGCACUGUCAGGCCCCACCACCAGGCUGCCCCAGGGCUAUAUACCAUCUCAUGGUGGAGUGCUGGAAUCCUGAUGCCAGCAAAAGGCCAACAUUUGGCAGUAUCCACACAUAUCUUGACUCUCCUAUUGAGAACCUCACCCACUGGCAUGCUGGGGACAUGAUCCCUGACAGGAGAGCUCAUGUACUGGCUGCACCUCUAAGAGAAGCCAACAAUCUGUACUUGCAACUACAAAGAACAUACCAAAAGCCACUCAUUGGCAAUUCUUCAUAGCCAUAGCACUACCAGUCUGCACACUUGUACAUAACCAUCUCAAAUAUCUGUUCAAUCAUUUUGUUACAAUUUGCUUGGAAACACACAAAAUACUAAAGAGGCACAAG